AUGAAUGGUUUCAGGAGGACUUCAGCUUUGGGGUUACUGAUCACCAUCACUAUUCUGGUGCCCGAUUCAACUUGUUCAAGUAAGGGAAAGGUGCAGGAGCCAGGGGGUUAUCAGCCACCUAAGCCAUGGGAUUAUCAGGUGCAGGAGCCAUUGGAUGAUCAGCUGCAGGUGCCACUGGAUGUUCAGCUUCAGGAAUCACCUUCCCCAGACGUUUCUCCAGUUAAUAUUACGAAAUUUGUACAGAUGGGUACAAAGACUCUGCUGUGCUGCCCUCCUGUUCCACCAACAAAAGCAGUACUAAUAACAUGGGUAAUAACCCUCAGAGGCCAGCCUCCCUGCAAAAUAUCCUACAGAGUAGAAACCAAGGACACCAGUGAAACCAACUGUACAGACAGGACAAUCACCUGGACCUCCACACCUGACCAGAAUCCUAACCUUCAGAUCACUGCAGUGGCCCUCGAUCAUGAUGGGCAUUAUUCAUGUGAAAUAGAAACACCUGGUGGGAAUUCCUAUGAAAGAUGGAACCUCAAAGUGCUAGUACCUCCUGCAGUAACCCUGUUUCCAGGAGAGAAUAGAACUGCAGUUUGUGAGGCAACUGCAGGCAAGCCGGCUGCUCAGAUCUUCUGGACUCCAGAUGGGGACUGUAAAACUAUGAAUGAAUCACACAGCAAUGGCACUGUGACUGUUAGGAGCACGUGCCAGUGGGAUCAUAAGAAAGUGCGUGCUGUGCUCUGCUCUGUCACCCAUUCUACUGGCAACAAGAUUCUGUCCAUACAACUGAAUCAAGGUGUCACCAGCAUGCCACUGCAUUCCUUGCUGAUCAUUCUCUAUGUGAAACUUUCCCUUUGGGGAAUCAUUUUGCCAUAGGGAUUUGUCUUCUUCCAGAAGAGAAAUUACUUCAG